UUCACCUUUGACCACAGCCAUCACUGAGGGUGGGUGCUCUCUUUGCACCUGUAACCACAGUGAUGUCACAAACACACCUUGGAGUGCACUUGCACGUGACCGCAGCAAUGUGAGAAGUUAAACCAUUGUUGUUAAGUGGCUCUGUUCCUUUCUAAAGCAUCUGACACUUAAAGCCAUCCAAAGCCACCUCCUUGGAGACACCCGAAUACACUUCUCAGUGUAUUCAACAUGUUGAAAUAAUUCAAAUCAAAACAGCACUUCACCGUUUUCCCUAUCAAGCACGGCAGCGAUGCAAGCUAGUCAUCAGGUAACCAUCAGCACGUCUCUCCAGAUCCCUUCCCAGCCUGAGACUGCUGUUCUCAGGAACAGACACCCAAUCCUGCUGGACACCAUCCAUCCCGGGCUGGUCCAGGCCAUCAUCAAUCCAAAGCGAGGUAUGGAGGGAGCCCACCAGACCCCGCAACCCCCGGGGACCUGCAGCUCACCUGCUGGGAAAUCAUGCUGGAACUUGGAUGUGAGGUUGGCCGUGCUUCUGGUGACUCUGGCUGGAGCUGUGAUCCUGCUGCUGCUGUAUAAACUGUUACAGCUGAGACAUAGGUUGAAGUUGGCCCAGGCGAGGCACGCUCUGGAGUACUACAGCUUCUGCCACACUGCCACCUACACACUCAAACACUCUGCGUCGUGUCAGAGCUUACCAGUGAAGAACAGGUCGGUUCCUGAAGCUACACCGCCGGUCCAAACUGUAACCCCUGUGACUACCACUGUCUUCACCCCACUUCCGCCCCCACCGGUGUCUUCUCCACCCCCACUGCCACUCCCCCCACCUCCUGUCCUGCCUCCACCACCGCCCCACUCACUACCUCCUGUCCUGCCUCCACCACCGCCCCUCGCUCCACCUUCUCUCACUCCAACACCUUCUGUCCUGGCCCUCCCUCUCCCCCUGCCUGUGAUCCACACCACCCCGCCCAGCCCUCACCUGUCGUGGGGCGCCUGCUCGGACGUGGAAGUUUACUCUCGGAUUGGAGCUUUUAGGCCCUCCAGGCACUCCAACCUCUCCAACCAAUCAAAAGUCAUCCUUUUUGAGCACUCGUCUCUCUGAACUCUUAUUGGAGAUGUUGACGGAAGACUGUUGCCAAAAACAAGCACCUCUGCUUCGAGUACUGUACACUGUAUGUCCAAGUAUACAGUGUAAAUGAGAGGUGCAGACAAGUAUUUGAAGUUCAAAUACUUUCAGUGCUCUCCAAAAGUUCAAAAACUGACGUUUUGUGGGGCACUGAAUUGAUUCACCUACUAUCCGUAGCAGACUUUGUGCCGACCUCUGCGGGAAAAUUGCAGUUUGGAGCAAAACAUCUCAACUAUAAUUAUGUUUUGUUCCACUGGAGAGUGGUUUGUCUCUCUCUUCUUUUUUAGCAGGUAUAUUUUCAGCAUUUCUGCUUCAUUUGACAGUGACAGCUUGAGAGAGACAGGAAGAGCAGAGGAAACAAAGGGGAUGACAUGCAGCAAAGGGCCUGGACUGCAAUUGCACCCUGGGCGCUGCUCUAAAGACUCAGUCUUGACACAUGGUCUUGUGCGUUAUUAUGCAAGCUAUUGGGGCGCCAGUGGCUUUAUUUCCUAAUUCAGACAGGUGGAAGGACAGUGGAGAGUUCUUUUUUUUUUAACCCCUGAAGACUUUUACAACCUCAUGUCUGUUCUGAAACUUGUUUUGGACAUAAAUGAGAACAUUUAACUUCAAGAAAGACUUGUGUGCUGAUCAUUCAGAGCCUCACAUUCCCCAGGAUUGUCUUCAGUGCUUUAUUUUCUGAGUGUAUAUUGUAAAUAGUAACUUUUGGUAUUGAAAUCUUUGCAUACACUGUAAACACGACAAAGCUGAGGUAGACUUAUUAAGGCAUAAGUCUGUAAUGACCUAUUUGAUUGCAGACAAUUUCAGUUUUGGCUUUCAGUUCGUCCAGCUAAGAAUUUUCAUUUUGUUUACUUGUGUUACACCAACAGUAACAGUACCUUAUACUCUUACAUUGCCACAGUGGGAAACUUGCUGAGUCAAUUUAAUUUAACUUAACUUGAGCUAGACAGACUUUUAAAUUCACCAACAAGCAACUGAUUAGUUACUUUGACAGGAGUUUCUAAUUAGGCAACAUUUUCAGAGGCUUUUGUCGAAGACCGAUUUAUUAGUGCAAGAGCUAGUUGUCUUUAGGUGCGUCCGUACAAAAUAAACAGCUAAAUAAUGCAUUGUAGAGAGCUAUGAUGCAAUUAUUAUUAGAUAAGUUAAGUUCUAGCAUGGGGUGUUAAAGUGCAGGCUAAAAAAGUAGUUCUCAGCCAGCAAUGACUUUGCUGCCCUGACUUCACUGGGGAGUUCUUUCCACCCCUGUGGGACUAGAACAAAGAACACGGUUCGACCAUGGAGCAGUUCCUUUCACGAGGUGCAGCGGUGUGAGCCACACAGUGGCAUUGUCAUGGAAGGAGCUGCAGUAGUCCAGGCAGGAAAUGACAAGCACCUGGAGGAUCACUUGGACUGAUUCCAUAUGGGAGAAGGGGCAAAGCCAAAGUCGCACAGGAACAGAAUGGCAGUUACUUGUAGUUCUGGUGGGGUAAUGUCAAGGCUGAUCCCACAUGUGUUGCACCACCGAAUACAGUGAUCAAAGUUUUCGAUUUCUGUUAACCAUCACUUAUAGACCAAGAUCAGUGAUGUUUGAUACAGCACCCAUAGCUCAAACAUCUUUUGUAGAAAGAGUAUGAGGAGUGGUUCAAGUGUAUACUAAUCUUUAUCAUGACUUGCUUUGUUUUAAUUUGGAUCAGAGAUUCACCCAUUUCAUUUUUAAAUUAGAAACCCAAAGGCUUUCUGGAAAAUUUUAAUCAAAUUACAGUGCAUGCUGGGAAGUAUAGGCUACAAAUUACAUAACAACGUCUUUAACAACAUAAAUAGAUGAAUUCAGUCAAUGAUCUGUUGCCAACUCAUUAUUUUAAAGACAUAGUUUGGCAUUUUGGGAAAUACAGUUUUUCGCUUUCUGGCAGAGAUUUAAAUGAGAGGAGAUAAGAUGAGAAGGCUCUAAGUAGUUUCCAGGCAACCAACGAGGACUCUCAACACAGUUCUCACUACGACCUCGUCACAUAUCGACGUUUGGUCAUGGACUUACCACGUCCAGAUAUAACGUGCAAGGUACCCUGGGUGCAUUGGAUAUUGACAUUGUGUUAAAUUCUGCCUGUUACGUGCAUUGUCGUCUUUCAAAAUACACUUCCAUUUUCACAGGAAAUGUAUUUUUUACAUCCUGUCUCUUUCAAAAUAAAUGCACUACAUUGGUACAACACCGGUAUUGACACAUGGUUGGGUUUAGGAGAUGAACGCCUCUCUCCCGGUUAAAAGUUGGUGCUUGUUGCCACCUUUCCACUUUCGUUGAUGUCCCGCUUUGUUUCCCACUGACACCGCCGGCCAUUCUUAAACUGUUAUAGUGACCAGCUGUGUAUCAAGCAGACAUUAAAAGAUGUCUUUUUUCGUUGAUGUCUGACGCCAGAAGUUACUGCCCAAGCAACGACUUUGGAGUGAGACCUGGUUGUUCUUGACUGCAGUCAAUAAAUAGUCUGGUACAUAACCCCGGGUAAAACUGUUGUUUCCAUAAGGAUUAAAACCACAGACUGUAAAAAUAAUGGACGUAGCAAUGGUGAGGUCAUCCACUGGUUUGUGGAUUUACAUUUUGAAGCUUUAAGUCUGGCAUUUUGGCCAUAGCCAUCUUGUUCAUUGGAGCCAGAAGUGUGAUAGGGUGGAGCUGUGGAGGAGCCAGGGGAUGGCUGUAAACAUGUAUUUAUUCUGCAAUAAAGUUGGACAUAUUAACAUGGCGGUCUUUGGGGAAUGACUCCCUUCUCGAGCCUCUAGUGGCCAUGAGGGGAACUGCAGUUUUUGACAACUUUUGCAGUGGCUUCAUUUUUCAGCUUCAGACGUUGCCACUUGGAUUAAACACACUACUGAGCUGAAAAGAUGCUGGUUGGCAAAUGUUGGCCAGGCUAAGUGUUUCCUCCUGUUUCCAGUCUUUGUGCUAAGCUAAGCUAAGCUAAGCUAACUGUCUGUAGCCAUAUAUUUAACGGACAGAUAUGAGAGUGGUAUCGAUCUUCUCACAUCUAAUUCUCCAUCAGGAAGUGAAUAUUUCUUUAAAUGUCCAAAUUUUGCUUGAAGUUACAAGACUGACUCACAAAUAGAAGCGUUAAUGGCUCUUAAUGUGAGAAUGAGACAAUUUAAAUUAACCAGACUCAAAAGCGACAAUCACAUCUAAUUAUAUUAAGGACAUGAUAAAUGAUGAGUUGAUUAAUUAACAUGGUGUAAAAGUUUUCCUGCAUUCCAUAACUAAAAAAACACAAGUUCACAGAACUUUCUGAUUUUCUAAGGCAUCACAGAUGAAUGUUUUAACUGUGCGAUUUUAGAUCGCAAGAGAAAAGUGUGGUUUAUUGGCAUAACAAAAUGUUUUUAUUCUUAAUUGCUUAAACUUUAUGAUUCAUAUAAUGUCUGUUUACAGUGUAGGUAGCAGAGCCCAUUGUUUCCCUGAAAGGGAGGCAUUUCCUGAGCUGGUUUUCCAUGGCAGGGUCCCUCCCUCUUUUAUACCAUUCUCUGCAUUCUCUGUGUUUCCUCUGACUUUCUCUCUCUGGAGAAAUCCUGCUUUGCAUUUCCUUCACUUGCAGUCUUAAAUUACGACUCUGAAGAUGCCCUGUUAUUUGAACAAAUGUCAAAAUUUCACAGACAAAUUUUAAAUGGUUCAUUUGUGUCUUAGCGCAGUACAACUAAGAUGUAGUUAGUACAGGUGCAACUUCUGAAUAUGUUCCUCAGUGUGCAGAUGAAGGCGUUUACAGAUGAGCUCAAUUCAUUAUUCUGUAAAGCAGCGUUGUCGACACGCAGGUAACAUCUGUCUGUUGUUGAUAUUGGGUAACCUGAGCAUCCACCUUGGCCCUUAACAAGCUGUUAAGAUGAGUUUUCUUUCAAUAUUUAACCACAUUUUCCCAACAGGCCUCUCAUUCAUAAUUCAACAAUAGUUUGUAAAUUCAUGAGGGAAGCUGUUUGAGCUUGUUUGUUGCUUUCUUCUUGCCGGGGUGAAAACAGAGACCUUGUGUGACAUGCCUCCUUAGUCUUUUCUGUAUCCAAGUCUGCCUGUGAGGCCGCUGUCUCCAUACUAAAAGCCCGUUAAUUCAAUCUGUGCAUGUACUGCGGCAUUGUCUCUUAAUUGGUUGUAAGCUGAGCAGAAAAGACAUUUGUAACAAUAUACUGCUGCGGCAAUUAAAUAAAACGAGGGACUGUCAUGCAAGGAUGAAUACGAAUGUGUUUGUGUUCUGGAUCUGAUUAAUAUUUAUUGAGGGUUUUCAUCUCAAAAUGUUAUUUGUUAAUUUUAGAAUGCUCAUUGAGAUGCUUUAUACAGGGGUAAAAAAAACAUACAUGAGGCAGUUGCUGUGGUACAUACAAGUGUUAUCUUUUCCAUCGAUUCUUUAAUCCUUGAGUUAUAAACAGCAGGUAGGUGUUGCAUCUUAAUGCAAUAUAUGCAUGUAUAGUAAAACUUAAAGCACCUUGUUGAACUGGUUUGUAACUCAGUCACAAACUCACCUAUUCACAUUUAGCAGGUUGCAAAUACUCCACCAGAGCUGAGCCCCUCCCCACUGGACAAAAAACCCAUUAACAUCCACUAAUAUCUGGCUUUUAUCUUUAGCAGGGAAGGUUACAAUCAGCAUUAAUUCCUUGGACAAAUGACUCUGCAGUAGUCAGCUCUGAUUGGCUUAGUGGUGGAAACAUGACACCUUUGUAGACAUGCUAUUUUUCGCCCUUUUUGUGGUGUAAUGCAAUGACACACAAGUUCCAAAUUAUUAUGCACUGAGUUUGAAAAAAAAAACCACUACAAAACAAAAAGGAAGUACCCUAACAUUUUCACGGGCCCUCAUGCUGCUUUAUACUGUUUAUUAACCGUAUUUUUCUGAAGUUCUGGCUCGUCUGUGAUGUGCAGUUUUAAACAACAGUAAAAAUAAAACAGAAUGGAACACUCAUCUACUACAGAUUGCUUAAUGGGAAAGGAGUCUAUCCAUUAUUUUUAGCAGGUUUUCCCAUGUUUAAAAAAUCUGCAUGCAUGUGAUAAUCUUGGUCAAAAAAGGAUAAAUGAAAGGUCACUAACAGCAGUGGCAGCUUAGACCAGUAGAUCUAGAUAUACUGUAUCAAUGUCGCCUUCUCAAGGCAAUAGAAGGUAACAGCUGCUGUAAAUUGACAUCGUUGACAUCUCAUGUUUGGUAACACUUGUAAAUAUAAUAUUAACUGAUGAAUACUUCUUGAGGUGUGAAUUAGGCUGUGUGUGUGUGUGUGUGUGUCCCCUGUGGGGACCUUGGUCUGUCAGGUGCAAAGGCGGACCUAGCACAACAUUGCUGGAGAACUGCAAACCUUGUAGACAGGAGGCCAGGGUCAAUGGAUUAGUCAGCAAAGCCUGUGACUUAUGCCCUGACUACAUGUUUUCAGAUAUUUUUGAAAAUGGACACUUCCCUCUAUGUUUUGGCCUCUUGUCCACACGAAAACCUACCUGGUCUCACUCCAAAGUGGUCAAAAUCCGGCGCUUGGGCAGUGACUUGCGGCAUCAGACACUGACGAAAAAGCCCUCCCUUCAUUUUGGAACAGGCUGUGUGUAAACGGUAAAUUUCCUGUCAAAACGGAAGUGUAUUUUUAAAAGAGCCAAUGAAUGUAACAGGCAGAAUCUGACAUGGCGUCCUAGAUCAUCAACAGCCAACACAUCCAGGGUACCUUGCACGUCAGUGAGUGCAAAUGUGUUGCACAAAGAGUUCUAGGUCACUAAAAUGGAAUUUUUUAAAACUCCUUCUAAGAUGCAGGUUUUUCAAAACUGUGGUUACUUUGUAUCCAUGUAGACAUGUAAAACUGAGCAUUUGGGAAACAAUGAUGUCAUCUUCUCAAAUUGUGCAUGCCUAUUGUUGUUUUGUGUUAUGAGCAUGCACCAGAAACAAUAACAAUGGCAAACUACCGGAUUUGUUUAUGUUCUGUUAGCACUUCUUGGUCCAAUGAAAACUUUACACGUCAACUUAAUAUUUUGGUCCAAGUUAGUUUUGGCUAUGGAUGAGAUCUUGUCUUAUGUUCUGUGUCUGCUGGACCAUAACAUUUGAAGCAGUAUGCUCAGCUCAUAUGAACCAUCUUUUCAUGCUGGGAUGUGUCUCUGCAAAAUGAAUAAUCUUGAGGAACUCAAGAGUACAAACCAUCCUACUUUGCACUGGUUGGCGGACUAUUCUAAUCUGUUAAACAUGGAGAAAGUGUGGCCUAGGUGACUACUGGGUCAACGUCAUUAAAACCCAGCAUGUAACAGCUUACCCAGAGCAAAAAGGUUGAUGUCACAGAGCCCAGCUUUUUGUCCCCAGAUAGAACGUGAGUCCUCACAAUGUCAGUGUGUGAACAGAUGUUUGUCCCCACAACAUAUUUAGCAGUAAAAGAAGCUAUUCAAAAAGAUAACAGCUGAUGAAUGUAUCACUCAAUACCUGCAGGUGGUGCUAGUGUAAAAAAAAACUCGAGAAGCAUCUGGGGAUCAGCACGUGAAAAUCUGCAGUUUCCGAUUUUCACUUUAACUGACCUUUGUGUCCUUGUUCUUGAAACGAGCGUAAACACAGUUUCUUGAGUAACAGGCUUGGCUGACACUCUGCAGGUUCAUCAAUCUGACCCGGUCUCCCUGCAAAUGGUUUGUCCCAGAAGCCCUUGACUCAAAUUGCAGAUUCUUGGUAAUUGCAUCUGUCCUCUUCUCAUUUUCUAAUCUCUGCAGCUACACAGAGAGGAAAUGGCCAUUGUUUUAAUUGCCCUCAAUGUCGUCACCUAUGUGUGAUACCAAAACAAGUCCUUUACUUGUACAACUGAGGGAAGCAAGUGUGGUCAGGUCAAGGCUAAACAUCUCCUGACGACUACAAUUAAAAGCACAGCGCUUAAUGUUUAAGCCGGAUGAAAGUGUUGAAGCUUGUUGAAAAUAAAUACAGUUUCAAUGUUAAACAUAGAUGUGAUCUGUGGAGUUGCAUAUCCGGGCAUUGGCUCCCUUUUAUCCAGCAUUAAAAUGCUCUCCAAUUUUAUCUGAUUACAUUUACACAUGGCAUUAUAUGUCUCUCCAGUGUCCACAUUAGAUCUUAAGCGUGGUUGACGAGGCAGAAACAGGUCUAUCUGAUGGCAAGACAGUGAUUUACGAGAAGAACGCACUAUAGAUGAGGAAGACACCCCAGUAAUGUUAGCAAAUGAUGAGAGAAAGACCACCAUGUGCUCUGCAGUGUCAGGUAAGAGAGAGAGAGAGAGACGCUUCUGCCUUGCUGGUUUGGAACAGUCGCGUGCAUUUACAUAUUUCCACCCACAUAGUUGUUAUAUUUGGAUUGAAAACACAAUUGCAUUUACACUUGUGGUCAGUGUGCCCACCUCCACAGGGGGUUUGGCCGAUCAAGUUUUGGGUGCAUUUACACCUGUACUUUCCUGUGGUCGAGCACCAUCCAAUUGCAAUAUGAUCACCCAAAACACAUUUUAAUGCAGGGUGUGAAGUGGUGUCAUUAUGUUUUAUAUUCCAUCAUAUUCUGUAAACUCAUCAGCCAUUAAUUGCCACAUAAAGACACAUCUCGAGGCACAAACUAUCACUCGUAAAAAGUUAAAAUGAUUACUCAAACCACAAGGUCACUCACCACAGCCAGACCAAACUGAGUUAAAAUGAUGUGCUCUAUCGUCAUAGCAAAGUAUGUAUUAUUCUAAACAUAAAAUACAACUAAUUUCCUGAUCCAACAUUCCAUAUUCACGUGUCUAUUAUAUGUAUAGCUGUUUUCCCACUUCAAUUGCUUCUAUUUAUCUGUUGUUGUUUUUUAAAUAACAAGAAAGGGAGCGAUUAUGCCCUUUGAGCUGUUGGAAGGCUUUGAACCUGCCGACUCCACAGAGCUGACUGCUUCGUCUGGCAUUAUGACAUGAAACAGCAGUUUAAUGGUUGGAA